AUGCCUGUUGCUGUUAUUAGUAUUGCGUUGAAAGGUGGUAUGGCUCAGUUCCUGAGUGGAGCUUUGACACUAUCGUUUAUAACUAUUUGCGCUCUUCCUUUAUUUGCUGUACGCAAUUUGUGGAGGAAGAGAGGCAAGGACCAACCAAGGAUGGAAACUCUGGACAACGAAGUGGCUAGUUUGCGCCAAGAAUUGGAUGUCGCCCAUAGGAGGAACGACAACCUAAAGGAAAUUCUUCUGGAACGAGUCAGGAAGGAGUGUGGCGAGCUCUUGUCGACCAAAGAGGUGGAAAAUGCAGUCUUGCAGGUCCAAGACCUUUUGGACAUGGCCGAGGAGGCAGAUGCUAGAGUUCUGGAAGUAGAGGCCAAGAUGGAGGCUAUCUGCCUAGAGAACCAGAGCCUGCAGAGGAAGGCACUAGAGGACCAGCAGGCUUUGGGCAAUCAUCAGAAGGAAAUUCUAGGGACUGAGAGAAAGAAAAAUAAGAAGGAUAUUGCUGAACUGAAAAGGCAAAACGCCUCGGAACAUGAAAAGCUAUUGGAAUAUGAGAGGAUGAACCAAGAGCUACAGAAAGAACUGGCUGGAAAAAAUGAGCAGAUAGAGGGGCUCUUGGUGCAAGAUACCAAUAAGCAAAUGGAACUGGAUGAACUUCGUAAGGAACUAGAGGCGAAAGCGAAAGAAUCUGUCAACUGCAAUGAAAACAAAGAGCAAUUUGAGAAAAUAAUAGUUGAAAAACAACGAGAAAUCUGUGAGCUUCGAAGAGAGAUAGAAGACAGAGGUAGUGAUACAUACAAGCUUGUUUUUUGUGAGAAGGAAGUUGAAUGUCUCAAGAGGGAAUUAGAAGAAAAGCAAUUGGCUUUUAUGAUGAAUUGUAAGCCAAAAUGA